AUGAGCGCCACCGAUCUGGAAGGCUACUACCUCCGCGAGGAACCGCAAACCAUCUGCGGCCAGACGGUUUCCUCCAUCGUGGAUGACUACGUUCCGGACUACCCGUCCACCGUGGACCGAUUCUUCACGCGGUACUACUACGAACACCCCGUGGACAAGGACCGCCAGGAGCCGCACCUGGUGCUGUUUCACUCGAACCGGAUCUGCCUGAUCCAGCUUGCCCCGGAGCACGUGGCCUUCCGGCUGGGCAUCAAGUCGGUCUCGUUCGAGGUGGGUAAAAUUGACCGCAGCCAGAACCACGUCAGUGGGAAGAAGAAAAGCGGCGGCAUGAUCGUGCAGGCCGAUUCGACGCUGGCGUUGGUCACGUGCAACGACGAGAGCGUGUUUAAGGUGCGCGGAUGCGUCCAGGGAAAGCUCGUCGAGGUCAAUCAACGGGUCGUGCAGGACGUGGGACUGCUGGGGCGUGAAGGGGACGGUUUCAUUGCGGUGGUCAUGCCUAAGCCGGAACAGUGCGAGGCCAUCAAGGGGAAGCUGAUGACGCGGGAGGAGUUUCCGGGAGGGAAAACUGUUGGUGAAUAGAAGACAUUUUGAUCGCUGCUGAUCGUUGA